AUUUUUGAAUAAAAAAAAAACGUUAACGAUAUUAGCCAAAUCUGAGUAAUUUCUUCAGAGUUUGUAGCGUUGUUGUUCGUUCGUGAAGAUAUAUAAGAAAAAUAUGGGCUUGUUACGCUGAUCAUACCUUCUGAGUUAUACAAACUUCGUGGCAUAUUAACUUUGCUCUGUUAAGAGUAUAAAAAAAUCAUGAUUAUUUUUAAUUACAGCAUAUAUUUCUUGUUUUCCAAAACGUAAACAAAACAAACGAAAGUUCAAAGGGAAACACAUUUUAAAGUUGAUGACGCAUUGAUAAAUUAAUAUUCGUUUAUACCUUUAAAAUGCAACCCUUCAGUGGAAAUUUUGUUGCCCUUUUAGAACACUGAUAUGUUCCAAUUGGAUUCUCAUUGCCAAUUGGUUUCCUUUGAUUGCUGAAGCAACCGGUGUUUUUCCAAAAUAUCAUCGUAUCUUUUUAUAAGCAGUUGAAUUUAACACAAAGUAGUCAUUUUUAAUAUUUACACGGAACAAGCAACAUGAUUAAGAACGCCGUAUCUCUUGUAACCGGUGGGGCAUCUGGUUUGGGUCGCGCAACAGUUGAAAGAUUGGCACGACAAGGCGCUCGUGUUGUGUUGGCCGAUUUGAGCAGCUCGAAAGGUAGUGAGGUGGCACAAGAAAUUGGUGAUAAUGUGAUCUUUGUACCAGUCGAUGUGACCUCUGAAAAGGAUGUACAAACCGCCGUACAGACAGCUAAGGAAAAGUUCGGACGUCUCGAUUUGGUUGUGAAUUGUGCCGGCACAGCUACAGCUGUUAAGACUUACAACUUCAAUAAGGAUGUCCCUCAUCGUUUGGAAGAUUUUACACGCGUAGUUAUGAUCAACACUGUUGGUACCUUCAAUGUCAUUCGUCUAGCGGCCGGUGUAAUGGGUAUAAACGAGCCAAAUAAGGAUGGACAACGUGGCGUUAUUAUAAAUACCGCUUCUGUUGCUGCAUAUGACGGUCAAAUUGGACAAGCUGCCUAUUCGGCUUCGAAGGCUGCUGUGGUUGGCAUGACAUUGCCAAUUGCACGUGAUCUUAGCACACAGGGUAUACGUGUGUGUACCGUUGCGCCGGGUCUUUUCAACACACCAAUGUUGCAGGGAUUGCCCGAGAAGGUGCGCACCUUCUUGGCCAAAUCAGUUCCCUUCCCUCAACGUCUAGGUGAACCAUCGGAAUAUGCUCAUUUAGUGCAGUCCAUCUAUGAAAAUCCAUUGAUGAAUGGCGAGACUAUUCGUAUUGAUGGUGCACUCCGCAUGCAACCUUAAAUGGUUUGUUAUUAAUUAAUCUCGCCGGUGAACUAGCGCACUCUGUCAUUCAUAUUGUUGCAUUUAAUCGGAAAUUAUUGAUUUUUAAAUCUAGGCAUAAAUAGAAUGUUAUACGUGUAUCUAUCCAAAAGUCGAUAAUAUUUUUGUAAUAUUUCAAAGUUGAAAGUAAAGUGAAAUUUUUUCAAAGAUUUUUUAUAAAAAUGAAA